CAUCAUUGGUGUCAGUGGGAGGAAUUGUGCCCCAUCAUUGGUAUCAGUGGCAGGAAUAGUGCCCCAUCAUUAGUAUCAGUGGGGGGAAUAGCACCCCAUCAUUGGUGUCAGUGGGGGGGGGGGAAUAGUGCCCCAUCGUUGGUGUCAGUGGGGGGUGGAAUAGUGCCCCAUCAUUGGUGUCAGUGGGGGGGGGGGAAUAGUGCCCCAUCGCUUUUUUAAGUUUGGGCAAGGACACAGGGGCCCCAUGAU